AUGCCUCGUUUUCACACAGUGGAAAUAAAUAAAACGGAAUGGAUUGUUCCGGAGCGUUACCAAAUGCUCACCCCUGUGGGCUCUGGUGCUUACGGUCAAGUUUGUUCAGCUAUUGAUACACUGCACAAUAUGAAAGUAGCUAUAAAGAAAUUGGCUCGGCCUUUUCAGUCUGCAGUACAUGCCAAGAGAACAUACCGGGAGCUUCGGAUGUUAAAACAUAUGAAUCAUGAGAAUGUUAUUGGUCUUCUGGAUGUUUUUACACCCGAAAAGAGUUUAGAAGAUUUUCAACAAGUGUAUCUGGUUACGCAUUUAAUGGGUGCUGACUUAAACAACAUUGUGCGCACACAAAAAUUAUCUGAUGACCAUGUACAAUUUCUUGUGUACCAGAUUCUUAGAGGAUUGAAGUAUAUACAUUCAGCAGGAAUCAUUCAUAGGGAUCUCAAACCUUCAAAUAUUGCUGUCAAUGAGGACUGUGAAUUGAAGAUCUUGGAUUUUGGUCUUGCUCGACCUACUGAGACUGAAAUGACUGGAUAUGUGGCUACAAGAUGGUAUCGGGCCCCUGAAAUUAUGCUCAAUUGGAUGCACUACAACCAGACAGUUGACAUAUGGUCAGUUGGAUGCAUUAUGGCGGAACUUUUAACUAGCAGAACACUUUUCCCAGGAACAGACCAUAUCCAUCAACUGAAUUUAAUUAUGGAGGUCCUCGGUACUCCGGGGGCGGAAUUUAUGAAGAAAAUUUCUUCAGAGUCGGCAAGGAACUAUAUUCAAUCGUUGCCGGCCUUGAAACGUCGUGACUUCCGAGAGGUGUUCCGUGGGGCAAAUCCGCUGGCGGUUAACUUGCUUGAGCUUAUGCUGGAAUUGGAUUCCGACAAGCGUAUUACAGCGGAGCAAGCUUUAGCGCAUGAAUACCUAGCCCAAUACGCUGAUCCAACCGACGAGCCUGUUUCAGCGGCGUACGAUCAGAGUUUCGAAGACAUGGAACUGCCUGUUGAGAAGUGGAAGGAAUUAGUUUGGACAGAGGUAGUUGAAUUCAAGCCUCAUCCUCAACACAUGAAUACAGUGGUGGAAGUGAACGCACCAUAA